GCCGACCAGGGGAUGGUCUAUGCCGAUUCCUCUCUGUCCCUCUUCUACCAUUUCAGCAGUCCUACGAAGACCGCGCCCCGGGUUCCUCGGUCAAGCCACUCAUCAGCUGUAGUUAUUAACGAUAACGGAAGGAAGCAAACCAACUCUCCCCAUGUUACAUUCCAAGCUGCAGCUUAGCCCGUCCUUGUGUAGCUUACAACUGCGCGUAUGACAGUCAAGAAGUAGGACCUGAAGUGUAGGGGUCCAGUUACCUUUGCUGGCAUAGGUCUAGGCAAACGUGUGUGCGGCUUAUUGCAUCAGAAACAACGCAAUGUAAUUUUUCUACCCAUGGCAACUGCUGUGCAAGGGAUACCUGCCGACUAGUUUGGGAUGUACUCGCUAUAGACCUCCUAGGAAAUUUUAAGGCUGACAGCCUUCCAAUGGCGACUGAGGAAGUAAGCCUGGUCAUGCAGCAGGAGCUUGGGGUUUCAUUGCGGUCCUCAGGCCCUGAGCAGGAAGAUGGCCUUUCCACCCAUGACCGCGACACCAUCGGCAACAGCGAUGGAGAAGAUGACCUUUGUGAAGCCUACAACAUCCUCCUUAGCCCGGGAGUUGCGACCGUGGAACGGAUAAACCAGCCAAACCUUCCAUCGCACCGCAGCGCACAUGAAGCAGCCGCAGCAACAGCAGCAACCGCCGGAGCAAGCCCGGCUCUGGCUCCCUCGGGCGCUGCCAACUCGCAAGGAAGCAGCGGAGGCACCAUGGCCCGAGGCUACAACCACCUCCUCAGCGGCCUCCGCCACCCCAACGUGACAGCGCCGCACGCGGCAACCAUGAGGUAUGAGGGCGAGGCGGCUCAUGAUCCCCGAGAAGGAGGAAAAAGAGCAGCUGCGACAAGCGGAUUUGAAGGCCUGCCAGCAGUGGGUGCAACUGCUGCUGCUCAGCCACACCCCCGGCGGACCAUGCCACAGCCGCGGCAAGCGGCGGGCAACGCAGCAGGCACAGCCCCAGCAGCAACACACGCGACGUUAGGCAGUCCGGGAGGGCAGCUCGGACGCGGGGCACGGCAGCGGGGCGCCGUCCAGCAGCAGGGGAUCGCGAGGGAAGGAGCUCCGGGUGGUGGCGGCGGCGGCGACGGAGGGCAGCUCUGCAACGCCAGCUGCGCCUACGAUCGGGACGUUGUGCUGCGCUACCAGAAGCCCCAGCAGCGCCUGAACGGCAGCAUGGCCAUCCGCAACUUCUUCCCGGAGCAGGUGCAGGCCAUCGCCCGCACCGGCAUGCCGCAGAGCGUCGACCUGUGGGUAAGGAACGCCGGCGGCCAGCUGCACCCAUACCCCUUCGUUGCCACCAUCCACGUCUCCUGCAAGGACAAGGCCUCCUAUCGGAUGUCAAAGUUCCUGGAGCUGGCGCGGUUCCUGGGGUUGGCUGAGGGAGAGGUGGUCCGGCUGAAGCGGCUGCCCGACGGCCGUGUGCUACUGGAAAGGGGCGUGAGCGCGUCAGGCCUGGGUCUCAUCAAACUUCCCAACAGCACCUUCGCCCACGACCGGGUCAACGUGCCCAGGACGGUCAUGCGGCAGCUGCUGGGCGUUGAGGUCGAGGCGAGCGGGGUGGAGAGCGUCCCGGUGGAGCUGGCGCCGGGGGAGGGUGUGGAGGGGCAGGUGGAGGAGGUGCGGGGGGCCAAAGUGGCCAAGGUGCGGACCAAGCCGCGUCACGAGUGGCGCAUGCGUGGUCUCAUGCCCUGGCUAAGGGCGAGGGGAAGCAAGCAAGGAGACUAUCUGCUCCUAUCGGUGAAGCCCCAAGAAGGAGCGAAUGGAGGGCAGCAGGCGGAUGCUGUGGUCGUCGGGGCUGGUGGGGAUGCCGCCGCAGCGACGGCGACGGCGCCGGCAUUCCCCGGCGGCGUCACCUUUUUGGUGGGACUGAUGCAACCUGACGCGGAGGAUGCGGGGGAAGAGGUUCCGGAGCCUGGAGAGGAGCAGGCGGCAGUGGAGGCGGCAGCAGCACCCGGGCGCCUCAACGCCUUCAGUCCGAGCAGCGCCCCAGCAGCAGCCACCCCUGGAGCAGCGGCGGCGGCAGGGGAGCAGCAGGCGCGAGGGCGGCGACGGAAGAGCUCUAAGCGCCCAACGAGGCUGACAACUGCUGCGGCGGCGCGUGCGGUGGGAGGGCAGGGCAGCGGCGAGCGGGCGGUCGCAGCGGGGGCUGCCAAAGCUGCCGGUGGUGGUAGCCGGCAUGAGGGUGGCAUGGGCGGCAGGGUCCGAGGCGAAACCCGGGCUGCAGCUGCAGCGGCCGCUGCAGGUGGGGCCGCCGCUUCCCUGGUGCCGCCGCAGGCUGAUGUGCCGGUGGAGGAGCAUGCAGCGGCAGCAGAGGGUGAUUGGGACAUGGACGGGGUGGGCAGUUGCAUGGAGCGGGGAGAGAGCGGAGGGGAGAGGGGCCGCAGCCGCAGCCCCAGCCGUGAUCGCUCGGACUCGCACCAUCGCAGUCGUUACAGUGGGAGCCGCCGCCGCAGCCGCCGUGAAGGCAGUCGCAGCCGUAGCCCAGGCCGUAGCCGAAGCCGUAGCCGUAGCCGAAGUCGAAGCCGCCGACGGCACCGCCGGCACCGCAGCAAGCGGCGGCGCCGUACUCACAGCCCCCGCAGCCGAAGCCCCAGACGUCACGGCAGCAGCCAUCGCCACCGGAAGCGCCGGCACCACAGCCGCCGCCGAAGCCGAAGCCCUAGUCGCGACGACGGCGGCGGUGGUGGUGGUGGUGGCGGCGGCAGUGAAGGGAGUCGUGGCCGUCGCGGCGACCAUGGCGAGGCUCACACUGGCAACUGCCACCACAGCGGCAGCAGCAGUCGGGAUCCCAGCAGCGAUUCGGGGUACAGCCACCACCGUAGCCGGCACCGGCGCUAGCGUCGUCAGGGGCAUAUGGGGAAACUGGCAUGAACGCAUCAUGGAUGGGGCUUGCAGAACAGCCAGCUGGGUGUUGGAUGAGGCCUGAUGCAACGGGGGGUUCCGGCGACAGAGGCGGGCGACUGAUGACUUGUGGGAGUAGGGUACAUGAAAGUGAUUGGGCAGAGUGAAACGUGGACUGGGUUGGCGUCGGGGGGGCGCAUCUUGCAGGGCUGAGCUGUAGAGCUGAAGCGUGUAUUAAUUGGCCAGGAAUGAGGGUUAGGCGCGCGCUGCAACUUACCGCAGCAACAAUAGGGUGUGUGCAUGUGAAGGGGGUAGGCGCAUAUGCAUGUGCAUGCAUGGAUUGCCGUACUAUUCCGAAACACAAUUUUUACGGCAUGGCUCAUGAGAUUUGGGAACUGCUCAAGGGUGUAUGACGCACGUGUCUUGACAGGAAGUCUUGAUGGGGACCCUUUUCUUUUGGGAGUCCUGUGCGUGUUGAGGUCUCCUUCCAUAGGAUUGGGGCCUGUCCUGUUGGCCCCCAAAGCUUUAUCCACAGCCUUGGGAAACCCCAUGUGCUGGUUGAUCGCGCACCAAGUUCAGUAGCGUGCGCGGUGGUUGUUGCAUGCUGGAAACGCGCGUAGUGCUGCCUGUGACAUGCUUUUAUUUCCAUUGCGUUUGGUUUGUUACUGUGCAACCAGUUCAAAUGCGUCUGUGAUGACUACACUUUUGGUCUUGAACGGGGUGCUUGAACGAGGAGGGAACCUCCCAGAUUACCGGCGGGGCUUUCUGCGCCCCGGUUCCGAACAUGGAAGGACGCCUGGGCGUUGCGGCAUUCCCGCCUGCCGAGUGCUGCUUUCCCUUUGUUAGUUCAUGCCAGCAGUUACGCUCCGGGGCAAUCAAGUCACCGUGAAGUGCUGUUUACCGUCGCCCAAAGCACUAAUCCAGCAACACACAUUGCUUGUUGAAGUGCCACGGCAUUGGUAGCCAGCUAGCUUCGGUACCGGCAGGCUAUAUGUACGCGUGUCAUGGCCCACGAAGCAAUCCUGGCGACAGCAACGCAGUCUGCGGCCGACAUGUCCGUGUGUAUCACAGUGUGUUAUGACUUUCAAACGCCGCGGUUGAAACGGCUGAAGGUGCUGGCUUGCUGACGCUUUUGUUGUGUGGGAGAAAGCCAGUUGCAAUGGCUGGGGCGGGGAUUGGUGGGGAGAAGUUGCGUGUCUGCUAGGUCGUUAGCAGAAUCUUCUAGCGGCGCCCAUACCCUCAUCUACCUCGCUGUCCCCUCGGACUGACGCUCACCAACUUGGGAAUCGGCCCUGCUCAUCAUCAUCGACCUUUCCCUCCACUGCCCGGCCCUCCCUCGCUGCAUAUGUCCCUACCACCCCAGCCCUGACCACAUGCACGCGUGCAAACUCCCUG